AUGCCAGGAUCUCCUAAAAGGUUGCAUGGAACCAUGAGAACCCGGACACCAUGCCCAGUACAAACCUUAUCAGGAUUGUGCUAUUUGGCAGUGCGCGGCCCUGCAUUUGCUGGCGAGCGAGGAGCGGGCACAUGUGGCCGAGCAAGAUGUUCCCCUGAGCCAGCCCACCUCCUGGGUUUCAACUACCAUGCUGGCAAACGAGUCGCUGACCAGCCCAGGCUGAAGCUUUGUGUGAUUCGCAUUCGGGGCCGGGUGCCAGUGGCGCCGGGAGUGUCAACAGUAACAGUGCCGGGAGCGCUGAAGUGUGUGGUGCCGGAGGCACAGCCGGUGGCUUUCACACAGUUGCUGGAGGCAACGACAUAG